GGAAGUAUGCUCUAGAACAUUUGUGUGAUUAUUAUCACGCCGCAUGUGCAGCAAAACUUUUGCAGCUCAGUCGACUUGUUCUUCCCGCCGGUUAAUUUCCUGUUAGGCCCGCGUUGGAAAUGGUCGAUAAAUAUCUGGAGCAACUAACCAACACUUCAUUCAUUACCGAUCUAGGAUUCUUCAAUGGUCUGAUCGCAGAAGAAUCCAGUAAUAAUAUCAAUCAAUUUUGUGAUAUCGACUAUAGGCUUCUUGAUAACGUGGGUUCUUUGCGCAAUCUUAAGAUCACCCGUGUCGAUAGCGCACUCAGAGCCUGGAUGGAUGAUGCGGCAAAAAAACUUUCCGAUCUUCGGAAGCUUCGAGUUACUCAGCUUUAUAGCACGUAUGAUACUCUCUUGGAAGAAUUCAACACGCUAGGUCUUCCACGGUUAUCCGAGCUCUCGAUCAGAGAAGUGACGAAUGUACUAAACACUCCCAAUAUCCUAACGCGUGUUUUAGAUAAGCCUCCAGGGUGCGAUGCGCUAGCUUCACACACAAUCCUUGAUAGACUUCCAGGGCACGGAAGAAGUCUUACGAAACUCGCAGUCCAUCUAGAUUUUGCUACUCAAUGGGCCGUCGCGGCAACAGUACUAACGGCCUUCUUGGCCCCAAUCCAAAUCCUUUUCAGUCGGCCCAUGACGCAUUAUGCUACAUAAAGCUAAGUUCAGCGCUAUGCCUCAUGAACGGGCCGUAGCAUGUGAUCACAAUAAUCACCA